AAUGUAUGUUUUUGUUUUCGUUUCCUAAUUUAAUUUUUUUUUAAAUAAAAUGUCUGAAGAGGAUCAGCAUAAUAUGAAUAAACGUAGUACGGGAACAGUCCCCAAACAACGUAUUAGAUAUACUCGUUCUGUUACUGAAGUAGACAGGUUGAGGAGUUUGUCAAAUAGUUCUAGUGAUUAUCAUUACCAUGAUUCAUAUAACGAACUUAGAAGUCCAAGAAGGAGUAAUCAAAUUGUGGAUACUACUUUUCAAGCACAAGGUGUUUCACCAGUUCAUGUUAGUUCUAUCAAAUUAAAUCCUGUUGGUUCGUCAAAUCCUAGUACAACAACUUCUCGAAAAAAUUCUUUAAGCUCAACAUUAAAAUGUGAUAAUAUUACAAAGCAUCCCAACAAGAAACAAAUAGAGGAUAAAUUGAAUCAAAUACACGAUGAGUAUUUGAAAGUGACAAAUUCGUUGAUGGAAAGUAUUAAAAAGGUGGACAAUCAGGGGAUAGGCCAAAAUGACGAUUUCGGUAUUGAUACUGAUUUUUCCUGUAAGAAAAAUGAUGGAAAUUCAAAUUUAGAAAAUAUUGGUCUCAAUUUGAUGGCUCUGAAAGAUCUUGAUCCAACGAGUUUGCUUCAAAGGAAAUCUGAGAAUAAAUGUUUGUCUCCUAGACAUAAUCGCAGCAAUCUUUUGAUGGAAGUUUGCAAUCACAAAAACAGCACCUCAAACAGAAGUAACAGAAGCGACUUACAUCUCCACCAUGAAGGUGGUAGGUACAAUGAGAAUGAAGAAAAGAACAGAAAAUCACAAAUUAAUCCUCAAUUGAUUCCCACCCAAGAUAAAACCAUACACAAUAUGGAAAUGUUGAAUGGGCCCAAUAUAAACGAUAGUGCUGAACAAAUAUUUGAUAUGUUGGAUUUGAAUGAUACAGAACUAGAUAUUCAACAUGAUGAAUUUCAUAAAAGGAUUACAGAUUUGCAAAAUAAGAAAUUCCAGAUUGAUCAGUUUUUGGCUCAGCUGCAGAAUUCGGGGGCCAAUGGGGAGGAUGUGGAACAUCAAGUGAUGAAAAUCUGCGCCAUGAAAGCCCAACUAAAAAAACUGCGCAACAUGUUGGAAUUCGUAAAGAUGCCUUUGAGCGCUCAGAACUCCAACAACCCUCCGGAUUACCAGAAAGCCAGUUGCUACUUGUGCUCGGAUAACAUCGGUCAAAAAACGAACUCCAGACAGCGCAAUGACAGCAACAUAUUCAGAAGUUCCAGCAACAACGGCGUAGAUAGCAGAAGUAAACAAUUGAAUAAAAUGUCGAGUGAAAAAAGUAAAAUUCAACCUAUGAAGCCGAACGUGUCAAGCAUCAAUCAAAAAACAACGUUGCAAAGUGAAUUGGAGUCUAAAAAAAGGGAGUUGGUGGAGUUAAUGGGGAAACAUAAAGUAAAUCCAUCGAAUCUGUAUCAGGAUCUGGGAGUUGAUAUAAAAUCUGAUAUUAGUUUUUUGAUGAAUGGUAUUCAUGAGCCUUGGGUGUCCGUUAUUUCAAACGAUAGCGAUUCCGAUAAAUUUUCCAGCGACGAAUAUCAAAACGAAAUCAACGACGAGGUGAAGCACAAUUUUUUUUCGUUACCUUCACCAUCGACCGUCACGAAUUAUCAUCCGACGGAAAAUUCGCAAAGAAGUAAUUUUGAAUUUCGACCCGUCAAUAGGCGGUCUUGUUCACCGGAGACGAACAGAAGCAAUUCGGCGGGAAUGGCGAAUCACAAAAACAAGCCUCAAAUGUCUAAUUCGCAGGAUAUACAUUCGAGUCAGAUGCAAAAACAACUAGAAAUAAUCAGAAGCAUCUGCGACUCGAUGUUGGAACAUCAGAACAACGAAGAAACCUACUCCAACACGCAAAACUUUCAAAAUAAUGAUUUAAACUCUUCUCAUAAUCAUCAUCAGCAGCAACAAAAUCAGCAACAACAACAGCAGCGCAAUUCGCGUAGAAACAGCGGCAACAGCGCUAAUAAUGCGGAAUCUCAAAGGCAAUGGUUGCCUCCCAAUCCUAAUUCUAAUCCUAAUUCCAAUACAUGUAAUAACUCGAAUAAUUCCAGACAAGAUGGUAGUAAUGGGGGUUACUAUAACUUGAUGACCACCAACAAUAUCCAGACGCAAUCUUUCAUGCUGAAUACUCUCAAUCAGUGCUAUCAGAUGCUGUGGGUGCAACAAAAAGAAUUGACCCUGCUAAAGAGCAGUAUUUCGACACUCCAAGAAAAGUUAAAAAUCGACAAUUUUGAAACCAUCAACCCGACUUUCGCAUCUCUUCACGUCAAUUCGCAACCGUCGCCCAAUCCCAAUCCUCACCUUCAACACCAACAACAUCAAGACAAAGACUCCGCCUACACGAUGCCGAUCAGCAACCAAUUCGAUUGCCCGAUGUAUUUCAAUUCGGUCGAUAACGGCAACAACGGUCAGCUAUUUGAUUCAUGUUUGGACAACAUCAAUUUGAACAGGAUCAACGCGGAUCAGAAUUCGGAACAUCCUUUGCACGCCAACAUGAACCAUUUGAUGCCGAAUCACAUUUGGUCGGGGCAGGCGUUGAACAAUCAAGUGGUGCCCGGCAACAGGGCCAAUAAUUAUUGGGACAAUUUCAGGAGCUACUCACGUCAAAAUCUGUUGUCUACCAAAAACAAUGAAGUCUUGCAAAAUAUACCAACGGUAGUUGAUAGACCGAACUUCAUCAAUCCCUGCGCAAAUCCUUUUGCUUUUAUGUCGUUUUCGAAGAGCAAUUCCGAACAGGACGCCAGUAAUACCAGUCAGGAUAACGGUUUUCAAAGGAUACCAUUCAAGGAGACAAAUCCCGGUACCAAUUUAGGAACGCAAUCUAGCGGUAGCGUAAUAAACAUUAACGACACUAUCAGAAAAAACGAAGAGGCAGAAUCGCCGUCUAAAGACGUAUUUCACAAAGAUACUAAUUCUCAUUACGGCCUUCCCUUGACUUUAGGUUUAAGAACUAAUCAUGAAGAUGGCGCCAACGGUGCACCCGUCACGGAGGAAUUUUUACAGGAAAAAUGCGAUCAAAUAAUGACGGAUCAAGCCAACAAAAGUGCUGCUGCUGAAGAAAGUCGGUGCAUAAAUUCUAGUUUCGAGGAUUUGAAGGAAAAUAUAUACAAAGAAGUGGCGUCGUUGAUAUCGGCUAACGAAAAUAGACCUCAAUUUCUUAUUCAAUUAUUUAGAGAUCUGCAAUUGGUUAAAUCGGAUAACGUUAGAGAGAAUGUGUUGCAUUCGAUCGAAAGGAAUAUUUAUGAUUCUCGCGUUACGGCAAUAAACGCAAGUACACAAUCUAAUCCAGCAACUUAUCUACAAAUAACUUCACCUCUUGAUUUAACAGUUUCUUGCAGUUCGUUAAAUAAUAACGAAUACAUAAUCCGCAAGACAUUCCUUCAAGACGUUCAACUCUUUUUAGACGUACAAGAAGAAUGUAUCAUUCAACAUAAUUUUUAUAUUACGUUGAAAGAUUUACUAAUAAAUUUGCAAUCUUUUAAGGAGAUGUAUAAAGUUAAAUCCUAUCGAAUUAGAUUAACAAAUAUCAUAGACAGUGAAUUGCAGUGUUUUUGCGGUAAAAAAUUAGGAGACGUUAAAUCACAGUUGCUUCAAAAAAUAUACGAUCUUGUAUUUGUACAAAAUCCACUGGUUCAUUCUGGCAAUGGAACUAAUUGUAAUAAUAACGAUGUCGAUGCUAAUACCGUAACUAGCGAUGAUAAUGUAAACGCAGCAGUAGCAAAUGAUCAUCCUACUGAAACAAGACGAACUCCCUUAAAUGGGGACCUAGCAGAAGCUGAUCAAAGUGGGACUGCGAGUGAAGAUUUUGCCGAAGAAGGAGCGGUCGGCGGUAUUUUAGAAGCUGUCGAAUCAAAACAAAUUGAUAUGGCUCAGACAACUGACUCGAUUUUAGUUUGCUCUCCUGAUCAAACCAGGCCGGAUUCCUCAACUAUAGAUUUAUGUCAAUCUAAUGAAGAUUCUGAGCUAUUAUCGAUUCAAAACAACUCAUUAUUUUUAGAUCAUCAGUAAUAUUAAUUAUAGAUUCUAUUAUUUAUGGAGAUAAGGGCUAUGUUUUUAGUAUUUUUAUUGUAUAAUAAAUUUUAAUUU